GCCCUCGCGCCGCGCACUCGGGGCGCACUGUAUGGGAUGGACCCAAAGAAUUCAGGAGUAUAACGUGUGACUGCUUUAAAGGCUCUGAACGCCGCUCCUGCGCUGUCUGUCCGGGGGGUCACCAGCGGCGGUCACACCCCGUUAUUGUAAAGUGAACCCCAAAAUACAGUGCAUUUUUCAGGCGGAAUGGAGUGGAUCCCAAUAAACCUUAUCAUAGCCAUGAAACUGCUGCUCUCGGAGGCAGAUUACUCCCUGAACAUUAUGGAGCGCGGGAACGCCAGGUUUCAGUGCGGGACGGCAGCGCAAGGGUUCCAGCAGCUCAGACUGUUCCUGGAUCUGGAGAAACUGAGUACGAGUUGUAAUUUGCACUCCAUACAAGAAACAGAUGUACAAAGCUUGAAAACAAUUGUGCCAAUAUAUUCCAGUUUAGGAUUGAUUCCAACCUUGGAGAUAUAUAACAGAACUACUAAAUUUGCCUUUCUCUUUGACAAGCUCUUGGAGCAAAAUCAGCUUGCAUGGUUUAUUGAAAUUCCCAGACAUAAGAUUACAUCAUCAAAAGAGAUUUCCCCAUUGGAUCAAUUUUAUGUGAAAAUAAAAUUGCAUUAUGAGUUACGCUUGUUCAUGACAGAAGGAACCUUGCUGGAUAUUGCAAGAGAACCCCUACUGCAAUGGAAUAUAGGCACUGAAGCACAAACAUUUUUUUUUUCUGAAGAUCUGCAACUCUUACAGUCCAUCUUGAUAACUCGGAGCCCUUGCGCUAAUGAUGUAGUGAUUCUUCUACCUAUAUUUAAUAGUACUACAUUGAGAUCUUCAGACAUUAAUUUAAUCGUGACCAAGACCUCAUUUACUUCAAAUGAAGAAAAGUGGAUCAAUAUCAGACCUACACUGUGUGCUUUACUUAUUGAAGGUUGUACAGGUAUCAAUGUGUUGAAUCUCAAACUGACUAAUUAUCAUUUGAUAAUCCAGACAACACAUGGUUUUUUUAUUAGCCAAGAUUUGCGCUCAGUAAAUAACACUGGCGAUCAAUUAAAGUUUGAAAUUAUGCACCUAAACCUACCACAGAUAAACCACAGAUUAUUAUUGCUUUCAUAUAAUGAGCAGUGCUUAACAACAGAAACAAAUUUUUCAGGUGAUUUUCUGAGCAUAAUAGAAAAAGAAAAUGCACUCACAGGCAAGAUCAACUCUUGUAUUUAUAUCAUGAUUCCCAUCACUGAGUGGCACUUGUGUUUAUCCGACCUGGCUCUACGGGAUUAUGGGCAAACAAAUACUAUAAUUAUCGCUGUUGUUUGGGACAAGCAGCGAAGUACAAAAAUCACCCUGGCUUAUCAACAUAAACGGGCUGUAGUUUAUGUGUACAGAAUGGAGAAUUUUUUGGGAUCCAACAAGAAAAUAUUUCCAGAAUUUUAUUUUGAAUUGGAUUUCUUACCAGAAGGAAUGUUUGUGCACCCAAGCAAUCAUGUUAUUUAUGUCUAUGGAUCACAGGUGUGGUUUUCAAAAGAUGGGGGCAAUUACUUUCAGCUGAUACUGAGUUUACGUCAAGAGAAUGUUGUAAGGUCAAUUAUAUGCCUUCGUAAUCAUGUUGUAAUCUUCGUAACAAACAAAGGGAAUGCUUUUUACACCAGCCCAGGUUUAACGAGGUACGUUUCACUUGGAAAACUUGAAAAAAAGAGAUCCGUUUUGCACUGCGAUCAUUUAGGAACUUUGUUGAGAAUAACAUUUGAUCCUCCUUUAAAUAAUAAUCUCAAAGUGGAAACAAUUGAUCUUGAUGCUUUGUUAGAGGCUGAUGACACAGGCUUUGACAGUAUUCUUGCACUCCAGUUUCUCACUGACAAGCAAGCAGUAUUUCAUGAAUUCACUACCUUGAAACCAUUGGCAUUCAAUGUGCAUGUUAGACACUUUUCUGAAUUUCAUGUUGGAAAAAGUUUGAAGAUGAGGGCAGGUGGUUUGGGUGAGAUAGUUGCUGUUUAUGAGAAACAUAACAUACCUGGAUUUAUAUCUGCUGCUGUUGUGAACAUAAUAGAACAUUACAAUGCAGAUCCUUUCACUGCCAAAGUUCUUUCAAAUAUCCUGGUUGUUGAGAAUAAGGUGAAUGGAACAAUCUUCCUCAGACUGGAACCUGGUGAUGUUGGCUUUGAAGCAUCUGAUGUUGAGAAAACAGUGGUCGUUCCUGGCAUUAGCAGUUUUCUGAUCAUUGAAGUUCUUAGUCCAAAGAGGGUAAAAGUAAAAGCCACGAACAAAGAUGUGCUUGGAGAUCGACGAAUAUUUGAUAAAGGAAUGUGGAUUCUUUAUGACUUUGGAAUAAAAAAUGGCAGAAGAUGGCGUAUCAUUGAAAAUAAAUGCACAACCAGGAUUCAGGAUAUCAACGGCAUAGAAAUGAUUCCACUCAAACAUUUAGAUCAUAAUGAUACAGUCUCUAUUACCUUCAAAGCCUUCAGCUCCAAAUUAGAUACUUGGGUAUUUCAAUUGUCUGUUGGAAAUCCAAUUCAGGUAAACAUACGGAAUGAGCAGUACUGGAUUGAUUCUGGUACCAUUGUCCUAAACAUACGCGCUACCAGUUUAUUUUACAAAAAAGGUUACUCAACGUUGUUAGUAUACAUUCCUGGAGCAUCGCUGCGCUGUUUUCUGACUUCUUUCACCAUUAUCCUGGUAUGCAGUUGUCCACCUGGCAAAUACAUCAUUCAUCGUCUGCCUAUCUCAAUCAACAGAGAAUAUUGGUUGAAUUGCAAUCGCCCUCCCUUUACUACUUGCAAGGCUUUGAAGACCUUGCCUGCAAAUUACAGACCACCAUCUAAGUAUGGAAUAAGUAUCCCUUUGUCUGAAAAUAUAUACAAUGCUGAUCCACAACAACCUAGAAUGCGAGACUUUUAUAAAAUUUCAAAGGAAUCUGGACACUACAAACAAUGUGCUUUGAAAAUGUCACGUGAGGAAUGUGGCUGUACAGACGAAAUGAAAUUAUCCUCGUAUGCUAUUUAUUCAGACUGUAGAGAGAGAGUAUUCAGUAUACUGUAUCCAGUUCAUAAUUUAUCCAUCAGCCUUUAUAUGAAGAGACCUGGGAUGAAUGAUAUUCCUUUAGGAGUUCCAUACUUUAUCACCAUCACUGAAGUCAACAACAGAACUAACUGGAAAAUUAUUGGUAACAAUAUUGAUCCAAGCUUGAAAAAACUAAGGAAGUAUUUCAGUCUCACACUCAGCAGCAUUCCUUAUAGUGCACAGGGAUUGUUUCUCAAAUUGCUUGUAAGUAUUCCGUAUACCUAA